AUGCCGACAAAGCCGACAAGGGCCGACAAGGGCAAGGCCAAGGCCCAGGACCCGCCCGAGGGCAAGCUCAAGCCCAUCAACCCGCGCAAGCACGCCCUCGACGCCUCGUCCCUCCUCCCCUUCCAGACCAACAUCCUCCGCCAGCUCGUGCCCCCAGAGAACGCUGCGCCGUCCACAGGCGACGCCCUCUUGAUCAUGGCCCGUGGCCUCGGCCUGCGCACCAUCGUCACCACCUUUCUCAAGAUCUACGACAUGCCCGACAAGCUCGUCCUCGUCGUCAACGCUACCCCGGAGGAGGAGCGCAGCUUUGAGCAGGAGGUCGGCCUGCGCCUCAAGGUGCUCAGCUACGAGGUGACGGACGAGAAGCGCGAACGCAUGUACAAGGACGGCGGCGUCUUCUCGGUCACGUCGCGCAUCCUCGUGGUCGACAUGCUCAAGAAAGUCAUCCCGACCGCCCUCAUCACGGGCAUCGUCAUCCUGCACGCCGAGGAGGUCAAGGCGACGUCGCAAGAGGCCUUCAUCGUCCGUCAGUACCGCGACGAGAACAAGGUCGGCUUCCUCAAGGCGUUCUCGGACCGGCCCGAGACGUUCUCGUUCGGCUUUGCGCCGCUGCAGACGACGCUCGUCCAGCUCAAGCUCCGCGAGGUGCUCAUCCUCCCUCGCUUCCACGACGACGUCGACCGCGACCUCAAGAAGCGCCAGGCCGACGUCGUCGAGAUCUACCAGCCGCUCACGAGCAACAUGCUCGACAUCCAGACGGCCAUCCUCGAGUGCAUGGAGCUCACCCUGUCCGAGAUCAAGCGCAGCAACCACUACCUCGACAUCGAGGACCUGACGGUCGAGAACGCCCUCUUCUCUUCGUUCGACCACCUCGUGCGCAUCAAGCUCGACCCUGUCUGGCACAAAGUCGGCCCCAAGAUGCGCGGACUCGUGCACGACUUGACCUACCUCCGCAAGCUGCAAGACAUGCUCCUCAGGACCAACUGCGUCGACUUCAACCAGUACCUCGAGACGUUCCUGUCGUCCUUCUCGACCGCCGUCGCCGGCCAGCUCGACCGCCGCGAGCGGCCCGCUUGGCUCGGCACGCCCGCCGCCGACACCAUCUUUACCGUCGCGCGCAACCGGGUCUACAAGCAGAACCGCGUCGAGGCGCCACCGCCGUCGUCGGACCGCGACCGCGACCGCCGGCGCGAGACGACCGUCGACGGACUCGAGAUCCCCGACGACCUCGCCGAGGCCGACUGGCUCGAGGCGCUCGCGGCGUCGCCCAAGAAGAAGGCGCGCAUCCGGUGGAUGCCGCCCGGCGUCGAGCCCGUCCUCGAGGAGCAGCCCAAAUGGCUCGUCUUGACCGAGGUCCUUGACGAGAUCGAGCGCCACAUGAUCCAGGCCGACGUCCACCCUUUCGGCUCGAACGACACGAUCCUCGUCAUGUGCAACUCGUCGUCGACGUGCCAGACGCUCGGCAACUACCUCUCGGCGGCCGACUCGGACGCCGGCACGGGCCACAACAUGCUCGAGACCAAGCUCCAGAGCUACUUCUACUGGAAGGCCCACGUCGGCAAGAUGCAGAAGUCGCUCAAGCGCACGCCCGACUUUUCCAAGGGCACGCGUAGGUCCACCUCGUCGGCGGCGGCAGGGUCCAAGGAGCAGUACCGCGGGCAUGCGGCGCCGUCGGGCAAGCGGCGCAGGGUGCGGGGCGGCGGCGCGGCCGGCAGCAACGGUGCGGCGGCGCGGUCGGGAGCGGCGGCGCAGGGCGGCAAGGCGCUGUUUGCGGCGGCGACGGGCGCCAACCCCGAGGCGUUCGAGGCGGACGUCGACAAGAUGGCCGACAUGUGCGUCCUCCUCCAGCUCGUCGAGGACGAGGCGUUCGACGAGGUCGCGUUCGCCGAGUACUUUGGCAUCAUCGAGAACGACGACCUCGUCAUCAUCCGGCCGUACCUCGGCGACGAGGACGACCGCGUCCUCGACGAGCUGCGCCCCAAGUACGUGAUCAUGUUCGACCCGCUCCCGGCGUUCGUCCGGCGUAUCGAGACGUACCGUGCGGCGCACCCUGGGCUCGCCAUCCGCGUCUACUUCCUCGCGUACAAGGACUCGGUCGAGGAGCAGAAGUACCUGAGCGAGAUCCGCCGCGAGAAGGACGCGUUCGUGCGGCUCAUCGAGGAGAAGGGGACGAUGGCGAUCCCGCACGAGGCCGAGUACCGGCCCGAAGAGCACGAGGAGGGCCUCCUGCGCACGGUGUCUUCCUCGCGCGUCGGCGGCGGCAAGUCGGCGACGACCGAGCCUCAGCAGGUCAUCGUCGACAUGCGCGAGUUCCGCUCGACGCUCCCGUCGCUGCUCCACGGCGCACGGUUCCUCGUCAAGCCCAAGACGCUCGGUAUCGGCGACUACAUUAUCACGCCCGACAUGGCCGUCGAGCGCAAGAGCAUCCCUGACUUGAUCCAGAGUUUCACCUCGGGCCGACUGUUCCAGCAAUGCGAGCUCAUGACGGCGCACUACAAGGAGCCGAUCCUGCUCAUCGAGUUCGACGAGAAGAAGUCGUUCAACCUCGAGGUGCGUCCCCUCGUUCCUCCUCCUCGACGCGACGAGCCCGUCGCGCGCAGGAGCCUGACACUGCCGCACCCUAACUCGCAAGACGCCGACCUGCGCUCAAAGCUCGUCCUCCUCACGAUCGCGUUCCCAAAGCUGCGCCUCAUCUGGUCCUCGUCGCCGUACCAGACGGUCGAGAUCUUCCGCGACCUCAAGGAGGGCCGCCCAGAGCCGGACGAGGACCACGCUGCGCUCGUCGGCAACGACGACGGCGACCUCGUCGGCGGCGGUGCGGGUGCUGAGGGGAGCACGGCGGGCAACCCGACGCCGAUCGAGGUCCUGCGGCAGCUGCCCGGCGUGUCGAGCAAGAACUACCGGUACCUCGCUGGCCAGGUCGACAACCUCGAGGCGCUCGUCGCGCUCGGCCUCAACGAGCUCCAGGCCCUCAUCGGCAACGAGCCGGCCAAGCAGCUGCACGGGUUCAUGACGACCGACCUGCACUACUCGUGA